UUCAACGGCCUUGAUCGAAGAAGAAAAACAAAACCAAAGCACAGAGAAAAGAAGAAGAAGAAGAAUAAGAGGCGGCAAAGAAAGAAUCCGUUCCUCUUUUACUCUCAACCAUGGCAGUCCUUUCGAUUCCGACGCCGAUCAUGGCGGCGAUUCUGAUGAUGACGGUGGUGCUAGGGCUAGCAAGAGCGGACGACACGAACCGCGUUUACUCGCCGUGCUCGGACUCGAAGGUGGAGAUUUCCGACGGUUUCACGUUUGGAAUCACGUUCGCGUCGAGGGACUCGUUCUUCAAUGGCAACAAGAGUCAGUUGUCUCCCUGCGACAGCAGGCUCGGCCUCCGCAACAGCAAUGCUCAGAUCGCCGUCUUCAGGCCCAAGGUCGACGAGAUCUCUCUCCUCACCAUCAACACCUCCUCCUUCUUUCCGGAAAAUUAUGGCGGAUAUAUGGUUGCAUUCGCUGGUCGAAAAUAUGCUGCAAGGUCCCCCCUUGCUUUUGUAGCAAACAACACCUACACUGUGUCAAGCUUUACUCUUGUGCUUGAAUUUAAGAAGGGCAGGCUUCAAAACUUGUUUUGGAAGAGGGACGGUUGUGCCAAAUGUCAGAGUGGCUCUAGCUUUGUGUGUCUCAACAAGCAGGACUGUGCUAUCAAGACGUCAAGCUGCAAAAACCAUGCAAGUGGAGGCUCUGUAGAUUGCAGCCUUGGAAUACAAUUGGCAUUCUCUGGCACAGACAAGCACCUUUCGGCUUUGAACUCAUGGUAUGAGGUGGAGAACCUUCGUCAAUACUCGCUCUACGGUUUAUACUCUAAUCUCAAGGACUCUCUCACUAGUCAGUAUGACAAGAUAUUUUAACUCCGGUUCUAGCCUGUAGAUGCAUUUUUCCUUCUUUUUUGAUCGCUGUUGUAAUUCUUUAUUAACACUUGGUCUUUUUUGUUGCUUUGAUUUAAAUAUAUGUUGUGUUUUCCCUCCUUUUCUCCACGUUUUGGAGCCCUCCAUCCUGGAAAACUCUCGACACUAUAUGGUGUGUAUAUUUAUAUGCGAAACAUUUACUUGAUA